AUGAUCUUCAAAUGCCAAUGCCAACGCUUAUUUCUCACCGAUCUACAUAAACAUUCCCCAGCAACGAAACAAGUUUCAACCGGCUCUGGCGGGCCCCGUGGCAGAGCUGCGCACAUCCAGCCGGACUCUUUUUCUGUCGCCAGAAAGUUUUUUCGGGCGUCGUAUCCCAACGCGUCUUCACCCCGUUAUCUUGCUACCAGAAACAGGCGUCUCAUCUUGCGGAUUUCGCUCCUAUUCGUAGACCAUCCAUCCAUAUCUGCUAUUUCGUGUAUAACCUGCAGUCCGAUCCGUGCUGUUCCCGUGCUGUUCCCGUGCCCAGAUCAUUCGUACUCAGCCCCACUCACUUUGCCGAGUCCCCAGCGCAAUACGAACCACGGGUUUUGCCAUGGCAGCAAAUUCCGGUGGCUUACUUUAACGUUAACACUUCAGGCGCUGACACGCGGAGGAAAGUCAAGCUACCUUUUUUGGCUUUGUUGCUACCAUUUUGCAGCGCUAUUGCUGCGUAGCUGCGGGCUCAAGUACGCCUGA